AGUUGAUGUAUUAUUUUUUUCUUCGUUUCUUUUAAAUCACACGUAAAAUUGACAUCCUAGAUACGAAUUUUGUCGUAAUUACCGUGUAUAUAAUAUAAUGCGUGCCUUCGUUGCCGUAUAUUUAUGGGAGAAAUUUGUAUGGGAAGUACAACUGGCGCCAUUGUAAAAAAGGAUUCUGAUCUCUUGAAACGAGUGCGCGCAAGGCAACAAAUUUCCAUAUAAAACGAUGGCCAACGAAUUAACUGAGGAGCAGAUCGCCGAAUUAAGAGAGGCGUUUUCUGUGUUCGACAAAGACGGCGACGGAUACGUCACCACCGAAGAGCUUGGCACCGUCAUGAGAUCUCUGGGCCAAAAUCCCACAGAUGCCGAAUUGCACGACAUGAUCAAAGAGGUGGACAUCGACGGAAGUGGCAGCAUCGACUUUCCAGAGUUCCUGACUUUGAUGGCCAAGAAGAUGAAGGAAGCUGUCGACGAAGACGAGAUCAUGGAAGCCUUCAGGCUCUUCGACAAAAAUGGCGACGGUUACAUCGAUGCAAACGAACUUCGCUCCGCCAUGAAGAGUCUGGGCGAAAAGCUGACGGCCGAAGAAACCGAAGAAAUGAUUCGCCACGCCGACAUCAAUGACGAUGGAUUGAUUAAUUACGCCGAAUUUGCUAGGAUGAUGUCCAAAAAAUGAAAUCCAAAUACAAAAAUACAAUUUCUUUUGGACGGGAUAUUUACUUAUCCUUCUAAAUUUGAAUAAAAUUGUAAUUUUCAAUUA